CGGAAAGCCGCACCGAGUGUGUUUUAACUCGGGUGGAUAUUCGGAAGCAUGUGGACCCCAACAGAGGAUGAGAAGAUCGGAGUUGUGAUCUGUGGCUUCCGCGGGUCGGGGUGUCACGGUUUGGCCCUUGAGGUGGGGGAGAGUGUCCACAUCCUGGAGAAGAGUGAAGGGUGGUACAGAGGAUUCUCCAUCAGGAGGCCAAACGUCAAGGGAGUUUUUCCAGCCAAUCAUGUUUAUCUGAAGAAGGCAGUUGUCACCAACAGAGGGCCCCAUGAGACGGUGACCCCCCUGGAAGACCCCAUCAUAACCGAGGUUACGUCCACGCUACAGGAGUGGGCGUUGCUAUGGAAACAGCUUUAUGUGAAACACAAGGUGGACCUGUUCUACAAGCUGCGUCAUGUGAUGUCAGAGGUGAUCGACCUGCGGCGACAGCUGCUGUCAGGUCACCUGACCCGCGACCAGAUGAGGGACGUCAAGAAACACAUCACUGUCCGCCUGGACUGGGGCAACGAACACCUGGGUCUGGACCUGGUUCCACGUAAGGACUUUGAGCUGGUGGAUGCAGACCAGAUCAGUGUGUCUGAUCUCUACAAGAUGCACCUCAGCAGCAGGAACAGUGUCCAGCAGAGCAGCACACAGGGGGACAGUUCCAGGCAGCGCCACCCUGAGCCCUGUAGAGUGCCUGUACAGCACCACCUGCUGGUCAACCUGAAGAGCUUCACCUACAACACCAUCGGAGAAGACACUGACCUGUUCUUUUCUCUGUAUGAUCUGCGAGAGGGAAACACCAUCAGUGAGAAGUUCAUGGUGAGGCUGAACAAGAAUGGAGCGCCCAAGAACCCUGAGAAAGUAGACCGCCUCUGUGCUCUCUUCACGGACCUGAGUAAUAAAGACAUGAAGAGAGAUCUCUACAUUGUCUGUCAGGUGAUCAGAACUGGUCGCAUGCUGCUCAACGACAGUAAGAAAGGCCCCCCUCACGUCCAGUACCGCCGGCCGUACGGCUGCGCUGUGCUGGCCAUGAGCGACGUUCUGCAGACCAUCUCCGAACUCAAGGAGGAGAAGGACUUUGUCCUCAAAGUGUACACCUGCAAUAACGAAAACGAGUGGUACCAGAUCCACGACAACAUCAUCCGCAAGUCCAGUACCAAGUACACCGCCCCAAGCACCAACUACGGUCUAGUGAUCUCCCUGCAGCUGUUGCGGGGGGACAUGGAGCAGCUCCGACGGGAGAACCCUCUGCUCUUCGGUCGGGGGGUCGCCCUCACCCGCAAGCUGGGCUUCCCCGACGUCAUCAUGCCUGGGGAUGUCCGCAACGACCUGUACCUGACCGUCGAGAGGGGAGACUUUGAGAGGGGAGGCAAGAGCGUCCAGAAGAACAUGGAGGUCACCGUGUACGUCGUCUAUGCGGACGGGGAACCGCUCCAGGACUGUAUCAGCCUGGGUUCAGGGGAGCCCAACACGGCAGAGCACCGCUGCUUCGUCCUCUACCACAACAACAGCCCCCGCUGGAACGAGGCCCUCAAACUGCCCAUCCCCAUCGACCGCUUCAGGGGGUCCCACCUGCGCUUCGAGUUCAGACACUGCUCCACCAAGGACAAAGGGGAGAAGAAGUUGUUUGGUUUCUCCUUCACUCCGCUGAUGAGAGAAGACGGGACGACGCUCUCUGAUGACAGCCAUGAGCUCUAUGUGUACAAGUGUGAGGAGAACACCAUGUUCUGUAACCAUGCUCUGUACCUGGGCCUGGCCUGCUGUAAGGAGGACUCCUCCUCCGUCUCCCCCUCCGGCCUCCCCUUCCAGCGCAGCUCCAAGGAGACCCUCUGGAUAUCCACCCAGCUGUCCUCCACCAAGCUCACCCAGAAUGUGGACCUGCUGGCUCUGUUGAAGUGGAAGGGUCACCCUGAGAGAGUUCUGGACAUCCUCGCUCGGCUACGUCACGUCAGCGGGGAGGAUGUUGUCAAGUUCCUGCAGGACAUACUAGACACUCUGUUCUCCAUCCUGGACGACAACACAGACAAAUACGGCCCGCUCGUCUUCCAGUCACUGGUGUUCAUCAUCAACCUCCUCCGGGAUAGUAAGUUCUACCACUUCAGACCCGUCAUGGACACCUACAUCCAGAAGCACUUCGCUGGAGCCCUGGCCUACAAAGAGCUGAUUCGCUGUCUGAAGUGGUAUAUGGACCGAUCAUCAGAGCUUAUCAGACAGGACCCCAUUCAGGAGACCAUGAGGGCUCUAGAGUAUAUCUUUAAGUUCAUCGUCCAGUCCCGGCUGCUGUAUUCGCGGGCCACCUGCGGCCAGGAGGAGGAGGAGUUCCACUGCAGCGUCCACCAGCUGUUCACCUCGCUGCGCUUCGUCCUCAGCCUGGACGCCCGGCACACAGACACACUGCUGUUCUCUCAGCCACCAGGCCCCCCUCUAGCCUCCUGCCAGAGCCCCGGGCCGGUGGCCUGCAGCGGCCCGGCCCCCGGCAGCUCCUCCGCUGCCCGGGCCUCUCCUCUGUCAGCGGCUCUCCUCAGCUCCUUCCCGGCUAUCUUCGAGGAGCUGCUGCAGGUGUUCUCGGUGCAGGAGGUGUGUGAGUUGGUGCGUGGGGCUCUGGGCUGCAUGCCCUCCACCCUGCACAUGGGACACUCCAUGGACGUGGUGAGGCUGCAGUCCAUCGCCCGCACUGUGGACAGCCCCCUCUUCGCCUACCCAGAGUCUCGCAGGAUUCUACUUCCUGUGGUAUUACAUCAUAUCCACCUUCACCUACGUCAGCAGAAGGAGCUUCUGAUCUGCUCUGGUAUCCUCAGCUCAAUCUUCUCCAUCAUCAAGACCAGCUCUCUGGAUUCAUCAGUACAGGAGGAGGUGGAGAUGAUGGUUGAAUCCCUAUUGGACGUAUUGCUCCAGACCCUGCUGUCAAUCAUGAGCAAGAGCCAAUCCCAGGAGGCGGUAAGGGGUCAUCGCUGUCCGCAGUGCACCGCUGAGAUCACUGGGGAGUAUGUGUCCUGCCUCCUGUCCCUACUUCGGCAGAUGAGUGAAACCCACUUCCAGCACCUGCUGGACAGCUUCCAGAGUAAGGAGGAACUCAAGGAGUUUGUGUUGAAGAUUCUCUGCGUGUUCAGGAAUUUGAUGAAGCUCAGCAUCUUCCCCCGUGAUUGGAACGUGAUGAGACUGCUAACUAGCAAUAUCAUAGUUUCAACGGCUAGGUUUCUUUCUCCUGCCAUUCACAAGAACUUCAACGAAGCCGACUUUGACUUUAAGGUGUGGAGCUCCUACUUCGGUCUAGCUGUGUUGUACAUCAACCAGCCAAGCUUACAGCUGGAGAGCCUGAGCCCUGCCAAGCGGAAGAAGGUGUUGGACAAACAUGGAGACAUGAGGAUCCCCAUGGCCUAUGAGCUGCUCACCAUGUGGCAGAACCUUGGGGAGAACAAGGUGCACUUCAUCCCGGGUAUGAUCGGGCCGUUCCUGGGGGUGACCCUUGUCCCCCAGGCGGAGGUCCGCAACAUCAUGAUCCCCCUGUUCCACGACAUGAUGGACUGGGAGCAGCGCACCAAGGGCCACUUCAAACAGGUGGAGGCAGAGUUGAUUGAUAAACUGGACAGUUUGGUUUCCGAGGGGAAAGGAGAUGAAAACUACAGAGAACUGUUCAGUCUACUAACCCAGCUGUUUGGGCCCUACCCCAGUUUACUGGAGAAGGUAGAGCAGGAGACAUGGAGAGAGAGCGGCAUCUCCUUCGUUACCUCGGUAACCAGACUGAUGGAGCGUCUGCUGGACUACAGGGAUUGCAUGAAGGGAGAUGAGACUGAGAACAAGAAGAUUGGCUGCACUGUGAACCUGCUGAACUUCUAUAAGUCUGAGAUCAACAAGGAGGAGAUGUACAUCCGCUACAUCCACAAGCUGUGUGACAUGUACCUGCAGGCAGACAACUACACCGAGGCAGCGUUCACCCUGCUGCUGUACUGGGAGCAGCUGUCCUGGGAGGAGGGUCCUCUAAGGGACUUCCUGCACUACCCUGCACAGACCCACUGGCACCGCAAGGAGGCGCUGUGUCGCAAGGUGCUGCACUACUUCAACAAGGCCAAGUGCUGGGAGUAUGGGAUUCCCCUGUGCAGAGAGCUGGCCUUCCAGUACGAGUCCUUAUACGACUACCAGAGUCUCAGCUGGAUCCGGAAGAUGGAGGCCGCCUACUAUGACAACAUCAUGGAGCAGCAGCGUCUGGAGCCGGAGUUCUUCAGGAUAGGGUUCUAUGGCCGCAAGUUCCCCUUCUUCCUUAGAAACAAAGAGUUUGUCUGUCGCGGCCAUGACUACGAGAGGCUAGAGGCCUUCCAGCAAAGGAUGCUGGGAGAGUUCCCACAAGCAAUCGCAAUGCAGCACCCCAACCAACCAGACGAGGCCAUUCUGCAAUGUGAUGCCCAGUAUCUCCAGAUCUACGCGGUCACGCCGGUGCCGGACAACCUCAGUGUGCUGCAGAUGGAAAGAGUACCCGACCGCAUCAAGAGCUUCUACCGGGUGAACAACGUGCGGCGGUUCCGCUACGACCGGCCAUUCCACAAGGGGCCCAAGGACAAGGACAAUGAGUUCAAGAGCCUCUGGAUAGAGAGGACUACGCUCAUCCUCACCCACCCCCUGCCUGGCAUCUCCCGCUGGUUUGAGGUUGAAAAGAGAGAGCUGGUGGAAGUGAGUCCCUUGCAGAACGCCCUGGAGGUGGUGGAGAGUAAGAACCAGGAGCUGAGGUCUCUGAUUGGUCAGUACCAGCUCCAGCAGCUCCAGAGCAACAUCAACCUACUCAGCAUGACCCUCAACGGGGUCAUCGACGCGGCGGUCAACGGCGGCAUCGCCAGAUACCAGGAGGCCUUCUUUGAUAAGGACUACAUCAGCAGCCAUCCUGAGGACACCGACAGGAUCACCCAACUCAAAGACCUGAUGCAGGACCAGGUUCACAUCCUGGGCCUCGGUCUUGCGGUGCACGAGAAAUUGGUGCACCCAGAAAUGCGUCCCCUGCAUAAGAAACUGAUAGAUCAGUUCCAGAUGAUGAGGAACAGUCUGUGUCUCGGGCUUCCGGGCUCGGAGCGGGUCGGCUCUGGGGUCAACGCUCGAGGCUUCCUGGCUACCCACAGCCCCAUGAGCCCGGAGGGGUUCAAACUCAUUCACCGACACUCCUCUCUCUCUCUCGUCUGUGUCUGUGGUAACUCCUCUCUCUCUCUCAGUGACACUGGGACUGUUGGUAACGUUGUGAUCCUGGCUGAGGGGCUGGUGCUAGAGCAUCCUGAUGACUUCUACCGCAUGCAGCCAAGCCCCUCGUCUUCCAGCCUAAGCUCCACCCACUCAGCCCCCUCUCAGAUGAUUCACUCCGCCCCUUCCACCAUCAGGGUGGGCUCCCCAUCUCUACCAGACCGGUUCAGACACAACAGAGAGCUGAUGAUGCUGCUGCCUCCGCACAGAGACCGGCCCUCCAGCGUGAUGAUCCCCAGCCACAGCGACCAUGCGCAGCCGUCCAACCUCCAGAGGGCGCUGUUUCACCAGGUGAUCGGCCCAUGCAAGCCCUGCAGCGAUCCCAACCUGUCAGUAGCAGAGAAAGUCCUGACCACGCCCAGCAGCUGGAGUCUGGACAGUGGGACCCGGGAGACUCUCCCCUUCCUCUCCGGGCACCUGGGCCUGGCCCCCCCCGUGCCCCCCCGCAACCUGCCUCCUGGGUCCCACCUGUCGAUGCACUUUGAUGCUUUCAGCCAGCAGCUCAGCGACCUCCCGCCAGCCCUCCCCGCGCGCUCCUUAAGAAAGUCUCCCCUACACCCUAUACCUGCCUCUCCCACCAGUCCCCAGUCCCUCCUGGAUGGCAGUAGCUCCACCCUGUCUGGCAGCGCCAGCUCUGGGGUCUCCUCCCUCAGCGACGGUAACCCAGGCCCCCCCACCUCCAGCUGUGACCAAGAGGAGGCCCACUACCAGCCCGGCCCUGGAGCCCUCAUCCUGGGCCCACCUCUACCCCAGCCCCAGGCUUCAAUCCUGGCCUCUGAUCACCACCAGCAGCACCACCACCACCACCACCCUCAUCAUCAUCAUCAUCUUCCCCAGCCCAACUACAGCCUCCACCUCCCCCCUCUGUACCAGCCCCACCAGCCCCCCGCCCUCCCCCCGAAGCCCCCCCUCAGGGAGGAGGACGAGGAGGACGAGGAGCUUCCCAGGCCCAUGCCCCGCCGCAUCUCCCAGCCCCUGAUGGCCGUGACCAAGGAGGAACAGGCCAAGGCGGCCUGGCAGGCCGUCAGCGAGGAGUAGGGAGCUCAGGGGUCUGAGCCAAUGAGGUCCCAGAUGUCCGGUUAAGCCACACCCUCACAGGCCCCGCCCUCUUGUAAGCCCUCCCCCUUUAAAUGACCAGCAGUUGGUUUAGAGGUUUUCUAUACGACCAGGGACGGUGCAACGUUACAUCAUUCAUUCACCACUCAACACCAUAGAAUGAAACGGUAGGAGUAAUUCACCAGAAUAAUACACUGAUAAUGGAUACCUGCAGUCUUCCAGAGGCGUGAAUAUGUUUAUUUACUGAAAUAUAUAUGUGGAUCCUAUCGUUUUGAAGGUGCUGCAAAGCACAAUGUUUCUGCUCGCCUCGAAUAGGACUACAUUCUAAAAGAUAGUUGGUGGAACAUAACACAUACAUGUGUUGGGUUUUAGGUGAAUUAAUCAUGAAUAAACAAACUUAAAACACGUGCAUCUCUUAUCACCAGGGCAACGCCAAAGACGUGAUUCCUGUAUGAAAGUUCAUUGAAUAAAUAAAUAUAUAUAUUUAUAAACCCAUUAAUUCAAACAUGUAUAUUAAAUGGAUCUAGUAUUUUAAACUACUUCUGGACAAAAGACCAAGUAAAUAAAUAUAGAACAAUAUUGUUUUUUUAAAUGACCACAGUAUUAUAAAAUAUAAAAAAUAU